UGCCCCGCCCGCCGCUAGCAGCCACCAGGGUACAGCGCCGGCUAGGACAGGCACACCAGGGUACACCCCUAUGAGCGCUCAUCUCUCUGGCAUCGUAGAGCUACUGUCCGCUGACGCUCCGGCGCCAUUCGGGUCCACAUCCCCAGUCCUCGGGACAACGGACGGCCGACGCUCUCCCGUCCUCUCUGAGCGCUCCUCAGAUCUCGGCGGCGGCUCCUCCAAGCCGGGCUCGCCACGGCCGCCGCCGCUCAAAGCGCUGGCGCAGCCGCUGCUUGAGCGAGCAGAGGAGGGCCAUAUCGGGCCGGCGCCCGCCACCACAUCCGCAGACGGCGGAGGCGGCGAGGAGGAGUCUCGCUCAGUCGCGGUGACAAAGGCGCUCAUCUACGGGUGCAUCAACGCGGUGGUCUGCGCGCCGGUGAUGAUCUCGUUCGCGUCCAUCAUCUUUCGCCACCCCACCUUCCACCGAGACGCCGCCACCUACGCCCGGCUCGUCAAGCUGGUCCUCUUUUCGUCGGCGGUGCAUCAGACCGUCUUUGUGACGACCUCGUCGCUCGUCUUUGCCGUCGGGCAGGUGCAGGACGCGGGCCUCAUCUUCCUCUCCUCGAUGGCCAACCAGGUCGUCGAGGCGCUCGAGAAGCGCCAGGCUCCGUACGACGAGGUGAUCGCCACCGCCCUCGUCGCGCUCGCCUCCUCCACCACCCUGCUCGGCCUCGCCCUCGUGCUGACCGGCAAGCUCCGCCUCGCCGGGCUGGUGCAGUACCUCCCCCUUCCGGUGGUGGGAGGCUACCUCGCCUACAUCGGCCUCUACUGCUUCGAGGCAGGCCUCUCCCUCAUGUCUGGCACGGAGGUCACCUCGGUGGCGCAGAUGGCGGAGCAGCCGGCGUCGUGCCUCGAGACCUGGUCCUCCUUCCGCCCCUCCCUGGUGCACUGGGACGUGCUGCCCUCGCUGCUGCCCACGUGGCUCGCAAUGUACACGGUCGUCGCCUUCUCGUCCUCUCUCGACGUGGCGGCAAUCCAGAUGGACAUGGGCAAGCAGCUCGACUUCAACCACGAGCUCAUCACGGUUGGCCUCUCCAACGCUGCCUCGGGCCUCUGCGGAGGCUUCACCGGCUCGUACAUCUUCUCGACCACGAUCUUCACCUACCGAACCGGCACCCGCCUCCGCCUCUGUGGCGCCGUGGUGAUCGCCGCCGAGCUACUCCUCUUUGCGUCGCCGGUCACCGUGGGUGCGUACGUGCCGAAGCUCUUCUUUGGCGCCGUCCUCACCUUCAUCGCCGCGGACCUCCUCGUCGACUGGCUCUGGGCCGCGCGCCACAAGGUGCACCCGACCGAGUAUGCAAUCAUCCUCCUCACCUUCGGCGCCAUCAACUGCUUCGGCCUCGAGGUUGGCAUGUGCGGCGGCGUGCUCAUCGCCAUGUGCCACUUCAUCAUCGACUACGCCUCCGCCCCCGUCGUCCGACGGAUCGACGUGCGUUCGACUGUGCUGCGCUCCUUUGCGCACUCGCGCGCCCUCGCCGGCGAGCAGACCCGACUCAUCUCUCUCCGCUGCCGCGGGUACAUCUUCUUCGGCUCGACUCUCCGCAUCAUGGAGGACGUCCUCUCCGCCGUCUCCGUGCCGCCGCACCUCGAGCCCACCCUCGGCAGACCCCCCUCCAAGCAGCGCCCCUCGGCUCAGCCUGCGCCGCCCACCCGCUUCGUCCUCUUCGACUUCGCCGCCGUCACCGGCCUCGACGCGACCGCCGCCCGCGCGUGCUUCCUCAACCUCACGCGCACCCUCGCGCCGCUCGGGAUCGAGGCGCUCGAGUACUGCGAGGAGAAGCUGCUCGAGGAGGCGACGCGCAAGCAGCCCAUCGGCACGCGCGAGUUCGACUCGUCCCCCUUCGUCGCGCGCGCCGCCACACAGUCCGCGCCCGACUUGGCGCACCUGGCCGCCCUCGCCGGCGAGCCUGGCGGGGGGGGAGGGGGGGUGGUGGGCGGCGGCAGCGGGGGCAGCUGGCUGGCGAGGUCUGUCCAGCGCGCGCCGCUCGUCGACUCGUACCACGCCGGCAUGCUGGACGGGCUCGCGCCGUACUUUGAGGAGGAGAGCCGCGGGCAGAGGGCCGGUGCAGGACACGAGAGCCACGGGCCGGGCCGGCGAAUCUUUGCGGCGGGCGAGGAGGCGGGCGCGCUCUACUUCAUCGCCGAGGGGCAGGCGGGGCCGAGCGAGGAGGAGGCUCGGGCGAGCUGCGCCGACAGGGAGCAGGUCCGCAUCGCCAGGUACGCGCACGGCGGCAUCUUCGGCGAGCUCGACUUCUUCCUGCACAACCGGCGCUCGUUCCGCGCCGAGGCGGGAGGCGGCGGCACCUCGCUCCUCACCCUGACCCGCGGCAGGCUGCGCGACAUGCAGUCCGAGGCGCCUCACCUCGCCGCGGCGCUCGAGCACGCGCUGCUGCGCUACCUCUGCUUCCAGGUCAACGCCAAGCUCGGGCUCGUCGACGGCGUGAGCGACGUCGAGGAGGCGGGCGAGUGGGGCGGACAUCGCGAGAAAAAGAAACAAUUGGGCCCCAGAGGAAAGGAGAACGGAAAAAAGAUACCAUGCGCCACGCCCACCGCCUGA